UCGUCCGGAAGUGACGCACAGUGACCGGAAGCGGCACGAGACUGCGUAGUGAGACGGUGAGGGCCGGGUGGGCGGUGCGCGCGCGUGCCGCUUAAGUGUGUCGGGACUUUAAAAAGUACAACCUAAAAAUGGCUUCAAAGAGAGCCCUGGUCAUCCUGGCCAAAGGAGCCGAGGAGAUGGAGACGGUCAUCCCCGUGGAUGUCAUGAGGCGUGCGGGGAUUAAGGUCACCGUUGCAGGACUGGCUGGGAAGGACCCUGUACAGUGUAGCCGGGAUGUUGUCAUUUGCCCUGACACAAGUCUCGAAGAGGCAAAAAAGGAGGGCCCCUAUGACGUGGUGGUUCUUCCCGGAGGCAACCUGGGCGCUCAGAAUUUGUCGGAGUCACCGGCCGUAAAGGAGAUCCUGAAGGAGCAGGAGGGCAGGAAGGGCCUCAUCGCCGCCAUCUGUGCAGGUCCCACGGCUCUGCUGGCUCAUGAAAUAGGCUUUGGAAGCAAAGUUACCACGCACCCACUUGCUAAGGACAAGAUGAUGAAUGGGAAUCAUUACAGCUACUCCGAGAGCCGCGUGGAGAGGGACGGCCAGGUGCUCACCAGCCGCGGGCCGGGCACCAGCUUCGAGUUCGCGCUGGCCAUCGUGGAGGCGCUCAAUGGCAAGGAGGUGGCACAGCAGGUGAAGGCGCCGCUUGUGCUCCGGGACUAGCGCCAUGCUGGGAGCCAAGGUGGGCCAGGGCCACCAGGGUCCGGGCCCUGCACACAGCAUGGCGGGCGCCAGGCCCAGAGCUCCUGCACCCACUGUGGGGGUUUCAGCUGUAAAGUGACCGCUCCUGGCCUUCCCGGCCCGCACCGGUGUCUGCACAUUUCUGAAUAAAGCAAGCAGCUCGCAGCUGCUCCUGGCUGCUG